AUGGUGUUGCCGUCCUCUCAAGACGGCUUCGGAGAGCCGUUUCUUCCGGUUACAUACUCCGGGAAGCCCUCUCUCGCCGAUCUCCUCACCAUCGAGUCCUCUGCCUCCAUAUUCUAUUCUUACGCGCGGGAAACCGAGCUAAGCAAGCUCUUCGCUGACAAGAACGCGAAGAGCACUCUCCUGGUCCCCACGAAUAAGGCCGUCAUCGCCCUCCCCAGGAAACCGUACGUCCCCUAUGAUGGUCCCGAGCCUAUCCGUGAGGGCGUCAUCCUGUCGGAAGCCGAGUUCGACGAUCUGUCAAAGAAGAACGUCGAGCGUUGGGUCUCGGCGCACAUCAUUCCGGGGUCCCCCAUUUCUCUAGCCUCGCCGGCGGAAUACAGGACUCUACUCGACGGGAAGAACGUAACGUUCACCCCCACGCACGGCGGCGACUCAGGUGCGCCGGAGUGGACACGCGUGGUCCUCGACGGCGCCGUUCGUUUGAUUGCGAUGAAGGAGGCAUCCAAUGGCGUCAUGUAUAUUCUGGACGGCACAGUCGCCUUGGAUUAG